AUGUUGCAGCUGAACCCCCAGUUUGACGCCAUCGGCAAGCAAUUUGUUCAGCACUACUAUGCCACAUUCGGGGCUCAGCGGGAAAAACUGGCGGAGCUCUAUACCGAGCAGUCGAUGAUGACGUACGAGAACGAACAAUUCCAAGGUGUUGGUGCGAUUUUGGCGAAAUUGCAAAAGCUUCCAGCUGUCGUGAAGCACAACGUCGUCACCUGCGACUGCCAACCAACUCCAAACAAUGGAAUUGUUGUCCUUGUUUCCGGUGAUUUGGCAAUUGAAGACAACCCUCCGAUGAAAUUCUGCCAGACGUUUAAUUUGGUUCCCAAUGGCGGAGGUGGCUAUGCAGUUUUCAACGACAUUUUCAGGUUAUGCAUCGGCUAA